GGAAAGACGUAAAACCGUGGGCGGGAAUGGAGUGAAACAGUUGCCCUUCUUUCCCUUUUCAUGUUCUCUUCUUUCCUUCAUCUUUUUCAACGAAAAAAGAACCCAAGACAGUGUUGAGAGGCUCUGCAACUGAUUAUAUAAAAAGCUCUUUUCUCUCUCAAAAGUUUUUUCCUCGUUCUCUUCAAUCCCCGGAGAAAAGGAGCACGAUGUCAAACAGUCUCCCAAAUGAAGUUAUCGCCGAAAUCCUCUCACGACUGCCCGUGAAGUCGAUAAUCAGAUUCAGGAGCGUUUCCAAGACAUGGUGCUCUCUCAUCUCCAGCCCCCAUUUCAUCGCCACCCACCUCAGCCGCGCUCUUUCCAACCCCCAAUACCCAUCCAACCUUGUUUUCCACCAUUUCGACUACCCACUCAAGAAAGACCGAUCUCCUGCCAUAAGCAUCCACCUGCUUUCCCUUGAUCCAGAAAUACAAGAGAGGAGUUUGUUCAUUCCACGAUUUGAUCAUGCUGUCACAAGAGACCCAUCAGAUUUCAUAGGAUCACGUUGCUUACGCGAUUGCAUGGAAGUAAUUGGUUCGUCGAACGGCUUAUUUUGUCUCACCAGAGGUUUUGAUUCAUACGUUCUCUGCAACCCUUCUAUUCAAAAAGCCAUAUCCUUUCCGCACCCUAAUAUUGGCCUUCGGCGAUUGGAUACCGACAUUCAUGGCUUUGGGUAUUGCCCUAAGACUGACGAUUACAAAGUGGUGAGGGUUGUAUAUGUCGAAGGCACCACUCAUUCUCUCGUUGAGAUUUAUACGCUCCGAUCCGGUGCAUGGCGCUCUUUUAAGGCCCCCUGUCCUCCCUACGAAUUUAUAGAACCCUUCGGCCCAACCUCGUUACGUAAUAUUUUCUUUAAUGGGGCAGUCCACUGGCCAGCUCGCACUCCAGAUUUCCAGCGCAAUUUUAUCGUGUUGUUCGAUAUGGAGGAUGAGGUGUUUCGUGAGAUGGCUAUGCCAAAAAGGUUACAAGGUAAGGAAGGCAAGGAGUUUUUAAUGGCGGUAGUUGAUGGGUUGCUUGCUCUUAUUCCCUACGGGGACGAUAUUGAGGAUAAUGAUAUGCCCGUGUGGGUGAUGAAAGAGUAUGGAAGAGCGGAAUCUUGGACUAAGCAGUUCGAUAUUAAGUUUGAGUGUGGAUCAUAUUCAUAUGGUCUGAUAGGCUUUACAAAGAACGGUGAAGUUCUAAUAACGGACGAGCAGGGAAGAUUGUGUUCUUACGAACGUAAUAGCGAACAAUUCUGGAAUCUUCACAUUUAUGAGAUAACUAGCUGGCUUUAUCUCGAUACUUAUGUGGAGAGCCUAGCUCUACUAGAUGUAAAAGAUGGAGUUUUGGGAGUGCAAGCGGCUUCGUCUUGUGUUAGUAAGCUCAAGGCGAAAGAAAAUAAGAGAAAAAGAAAGAUACAGAUGUAAGCUUAUGCGAAAAUCAAUUUCUAUGAUAACAACUACAAAUUGGCCCAUUUUCAUUCUGGUGUUAGUGUUUCCAUUCUGCAUUCUCUCACGUGGGCUAACUGUCUUUCACAGGUUGGGACAGUGAUUCAGUUGCGAACAAGCAGGGAAAGGAGGUUUUACUGGUCCAGUCCCAAGUCAAAUCAUGCCUGGUGGUAGUAGUUCAAUUGACUUGAAAAAGAGUAUUAUCAUGUACUGCUCGUACUACACUUUACGAAUUAUUGGAUAGUUUGAUAGUUGUAAGGGC